AUGUCCGCUCACGCCGUGCGACUCUCUCGUCUCUUUACGCCAGAAUACGUGAAACGUAUAAAUGCCCAAAUCGUACACCCAGCGCCAUCCGUCCUCGUCAAACCCAACGAGCUAGAAUCGUCCGUCAGUCGGCCGCUCCAGCUGUCUUUCUACGAGCCGGAACGCCCUCCAGCGUAUUUCGCAGCUACUUUGUCGUACGGGAUCAUUAAAGGGCAUCCGUUUAUGGAUGGGAACAAGCGGACUGCCAAUGAAUACCUUCGCGCGAUGGGCAUUCCUGGCCUGGCCGAUGCGGGAAAGGUUGGCGCUGCGUAUGAGUCCGUUGAGAAUAUCGCUCAGCGCCAUAUGGACGUCGCCGCUGGAAAGCUCGGGAUAGAAGGUUUGGCGGGUGGCCAGGGACCCGAUGGCGAUAGUUCGUGA